AUGCCCCUUAAAAAGAAACCUCUGGAAGAUGCCAGAAAAAGAUUGCAAGAAAAGCUGAACAAUGUUGAAGAACAGUCUGAGUAUAUCUGUCAGUUUAUCAGUGAUCUUGUUUGUAAGGUAAACAUACAUUUUCAUUGUAUUCUUCGGCAUGUUCUGAAACAAAGAAAAGGAAUCAACCUAGUUUGAUGACUUGAAACCAAAAGAUAGUUUGAGCCACAAGUAGUAAAGUUCUUUUCAUAGAGACUCCUUAAAAGGAGAGUGAGAAAGGGUUUAUACAUGUAUGUAGCACAUGAUUAAGGCCAGAAAAACUUACAGAAAAACAAGCAUGAUUCAUGAAUUUUUUAACUGGUGUGAGGCUUGAGUUACCUCUUGAAAUUAACCUGAUCAGUGAUUUUUUUUCUCUCAUUUCAUGAAAAUCUCAAGAUUUCCCUGAAAGCUUACACACAAGAAGAGAGACUUAGGCUUAGGGUUAAAAGGUUCCCUUUUAAAUUUGUGACACAUAAAAUGGUGUUUAAAGUAUUCAUUAUGCAUGAGUUUCUCCAAAAUUUAUGAACAAAACAGGAUCAGGACACCCCCCCUCCCCUUUUACAACCCUGAAAAUGGUAUCGGCCUCUUUCAGGACCAAAUUGGAAUGUAUUGCUUAUUAUGAGAGGUGUUUUUAUUGAUGAUAUGCAUGCUAUUAAGUGAAAUUAAAUCCUUACUAUUUCCAAAAUUGUGCGCUUAGUUUAAAACCUGGAAAUAUCAUUUUACUCUUGCCUUCAUGCUUAGGCCUCAGAUCCAGCUAAAGAACUCCUUGAAGAGAAAGAUCGCAAGAAGUUUUUUCAGAAGUAUUCAUCUGUGAGUCAGGAACUUGAGAAAUGUCUGGAUUGUUUGUUGUUAAUAAGUGAUUCAGUCACUGCUCUGGGAGAGGAAGACACUCUGGGUAAAUAAUUAUUAUUGUUUUAACCCUUUAACUCCCAAGAUCUGAUUGUUAAUUCUCCCCUCUAGCUGCUACACAUUUCCUUGUAAAUAAGUUAUGAGAAUAUUAUGUCAGAUCAAGAUAACAAAUUUGACCUGAUGAGUUUGAAUAUUCUCAUGACCCUUUUGCUGGAUGAUGGUUCCUUGUUCAUCAUUUCUGGGAGUUAAAGGGUUAAAGAAAACUAUACCUUUGUUUGAUGUUCCAGUUUACUUCAAUCUUUGAUUAACACAUUCUGAAUGAAAAGUGAGUGCUUUGAAAUGUAAAACUAAAUAUAGCUAAAAAUGUUGUUCUUGUUGUUUUUUUUACUUUGAUAUCAGGUGCCAGUGAAGAUUACACUAGUUCUGCUUCUGAACCAAGUGACCAUGUUGAGCAGGGUGCUGUCUCAUUAAGGAACAGAGACUGCCUUGGGAAAGAUGUUAAGUUGAGUAAUGGUAAACAAGUUGAAGGUGAGAUAGCAGAUUGGGUGGUAGAUGAUGGAGAAGGGUGGGGACUGGGAAGAAGAACAGAGCUGAGGAUUAUAGGGAAGCCUGGGGAUUAUACACACAUUGGCUGUUCUAAAUGGGAGUAAGACUCACUCAGAUUUCCAAAGAAUUUACUGGAAAUACUGGUAAAUGAAUAGAGGAAUGACUAAUAAAACAAUCAAGGUUAACUGUCUUCUCUUUUAGUGUACUUGUACUGUUUGCCAUGUUCUCCCCUAUUUUAAGCAUGACAGGUAAAAUAAAUUUUCAAACCAGGAAAGCAAUCCUUUCACCUGUUGAAUUUUCAAGAAAUCCAAGCAAUUUUAAACGGUAAUAAGAGGUAAUACAGGUGCUAAAUGUUACAGGUUACUGCCUGAAAAUGAGAACACUGUGUUUGCCUUUUCCUUUAUGGUCAGUUCCAGCCAAAAAUGAAUAAUAAAGACAGUUGAAAAAAAAGACUUGGGAAAAAUAAAGCAGAGAGUCUUUUCACACUACAUUACACUGACAUGAAAAAUGGGAGUAGUAAAUCCAGAUGCCAUUAGUUGGCAAAUAAAUAGCUUCCCUUUUUACUUGUUUUUCCUUCUGAAGAUAAAACUCACCCUUGUGAGAGGAAAGGAAGCAAUGGCAAAUCACAGAUGGUGUCAAAAUUUGGUGAGUGAGUGUGUCGCCAAUAUUCUUACAACACUGAAAGGUCUUCUGUGGUUCUUUUUUACUGUACAGACCCACAGCAAUGAAGAAUCUAUAUGUUUUAAUUGUAAAAAGCAAAAUUUUGAUAUUGCGGUGACAUUAAAACUUGAGUAAAUUAAAUUUCAGAGCAUGAAUCCAGGACUAACUGUCAAGGUGUAAGUAGUGAACACACAGAACCCGUCAAGACACAGUCUCCAUUUGUACCCCAGAGUGCUUCCACCACUUUGUCAACUGGUUAUGAAACACCACAAGCAUCUAUACUACAACAGACCACCCAACCCAAGGCAGUCCCUGAACCACGAAGAAGUGUACCUGUACAACAACAGGACACCAAGGAAUUCAUCUCUGACCAUCUCAAUAAACAGUCACACAAGCUCUCCUCUGUUGACCAAGGUACAAGGAGAAAUGCUGAAGGUUUUGAUGCGAACUCUACAUCGAUCAAACCUGAACCUGGAAAACAAUUUAUUGAUAGAAAACAGGCUGGUAAUGUUUCGGUGUCAGGGGCAUCCAAGGAUAGCCAAAGGAGAGGCUCUAAUUCUUCAUCUAUAAGUUCCUUGUCUGAUAUCAUCCAAGAUAUCAGGAUUUCUCCACAUGAAGCUAAAUUAGCCACCGAGAACAUACCCACUAAAGGUAAAUAGGUUUCUGUUUUAAAUUGCACAUGUAGUUUUUCUUGUCAUUUAAUUUCUCUCAGAUUUAGUAGACAUACUAGCACAUGUUGCUAGUUAACCCUUUAACUACCAGAUCAAAGUUGUAAGUCUCCUUACUGUCAACCAUACAAUUCUUGUAAUAUUAGUUCAGAGAAUUUAGUAUUGAAUCAACUAAUUAUCCCCAAAUUGAUAUUUUUCUUUAUUCUCAUCACUUAUCUGGUUGAUAUUGUAUUGAUAUUGUAAGGAGAAAUUCUGUCUUGGUCACUCAUGGGAGUUACAGGGUUAGAUGGAUACAGAUUUUAAAACUUCAAGCUUUGAAUCUCAGAAAAAUAUAGCUAAAUGGUUUGAGGUAACCUGUCCAGAACAAACCUCCAGUCCUACAGCAUUACCAAUAGUGAGCUGAAUUAAGUUUAAACUACAGAAACAAUUAGCCUCAGUCUGAUGGACCAAUUUUCCCAAGUGCAAACCAUACCUUAAGUCUUUAGUCUGUAUACAGUACACUUAUUAUUGCUGCUUUAAUUAGUUGGUUUCUAAAUGAGAGACAUGUUAAACAUGACAUGAAUUUCCCUCAAUGCCUGCUAUCAUGCUUGAAUUCCCCUUCUUGGUAUGUAAAAGCAAUACUAGGAAAAACGAAAAAAAGUGGAAUUUCCUUGUCUAUAUAUUUCUCAGCCCCUCCUCCCUUCUUCUCAAUCCUCCUGCCCCCAUUCCCCCCAUCAUCAUAGCUGGAUAUACACUCCCUAUACCUUUCUUCUUGGAGUUCUGUUUUUUUUUUUUUUCUUUUUCACUAAUCAAACCAUGAAGAGUUUACUUAAUUAUAUGAUAAGAGUGUUGUUGUCCUUCUUUCUUAUUUGUUGUUACAGUUCAACUGCCCCUGUAUCCUUUCAAGAAUGGCCAGAGACUGGAAGUUGUUGUCACUGAGGUAUUGAGUCCGUGGGAGUUUUGGGUUCAACCUGUUGGCACAGAGCUGGAUUUACUCAUGGAGGAAAUGUGGUGAGGGACAAAUGAACUUGGUGACUUGAAAAUAUUGUCAAUAAUUAUUUACUCUGCAAAUCUUUCAGAGGAUUUUUAAAGCUUUUGAGACUGGUUUUUAGACAUUAGUGAUGAUGAUAAUGACCAUGAUGAUGAGGUAAACUCAGGAAUUAAAAGGCAUCCUGACAUUUCCCAGAAGUGAUCAACUUGUAACUUCUCCCCAUGAUAUUCAUACAUUAUCCAGCUGACAGGUACUGAGAAUACUCUGACUUAUCAGGUAGAAGUUGUUGUCUUGAUCUAAAAACAAAUUCUCUGAGCUGAUUUAUAAGGAAAUGUGUAACAACUAUAGGGGAGAAUUAAUGAUCAGAUCUAGGGAGUUAACAAAUUUAUUUCCCAUCAUUUAGGGUUCUUGGAAGGACAGCUAGACAAAUUCAUGCAUCAUUACUGGAGUUCAAUCAAAUUGAAUUACUAAUUCCUGCCUGUUCCCCUCCAUUUUUUUAAUUCAUUUUAUUUUUCGUCACCCUCCUAGCAUGCACUAUGCAAAAAUGGCAGCAGCCGGUUACAAAGGAGGACUUAUAACUGCGCCUGACGUCGGUGACUUCUGCUGUGCAAAGUUUACACAAGAUGACACUUGGUACAGAGUGUUAGUGACAGGUGUUAAAGAAUCGGCCAAAGGUAAUGAUGUCACGCUUUAGCAGGGCCCUCUGAAAAAUAAAAAUUUAGCCCGCGAGAGGAGCCUCCAUUUUUGCGCGAGUGUUUCUCCGCGCGCGGGAAAGUAUGAGGCGUUGAGUAACGUGAUCCCGCAAGAGGUUUAUAUUGACAAUAUUUGCAAUGGGAAUUAUCAGUGCCAGACCCCCGGAAAACUUCUCCAGACUCGUCUCAAAUCUUCCUGCGCGGAGUAACGCGCAUCCUGCAGCGUCAAUUAAUAAAGUUCUGCGCGCACGCUACUAAAAUAUUAGCUUGCGCCAUGGAUUUCAAUUGUGUUUUUAGGCGAGCAAAGGAAAGCGCCAGGCGAGCGUGAGUGGAGCGCGAGAACGAGCUACGUGCGAGGUGAGGGGCGCAACAAAGAUGAUGCGGCACCUUGAUGCGCUUCUCCCCUUGCACGUGACUCACCCUUGUUUCUCUCCCAGGUAAUAACCUUCUAAAUUUUUACUACCUACCUGCAUGAUAGUGUUUGGAAAUUGUAAGGAGAAUUUACACUCUCAUCACACCUGGAGAAAAAAGGUUAAGGGUGGACGUAGGUUUAAAUUAAGCGCUGGGAGUGAAUAACGUUGCUCGCUGGCAUCAAAGUAAACUGUUUUCUACCGUUUUCGAGUCUUCACUUAGGUUCGAAUAACACAACGUUUGCACCAGACUCAGCGUAUGCACCCUUUAUCCCUUAACCCUUUAACUCCCAAGAUCUGAUUGUUAAUUCUUCCCUCUAGCUGUUACAUAUUUCCGUGUAAAUAAGUUACGAGAAUGUGGUAUUGGAUCAAGAUGACAACUUCAACCUGAUAAGUCUGAGUAUUCUCAUUACCUUUAUGCUGGGUAAUGUAUGGAUAUCAUGUUAAUCACUUCUGGGAGUUCAAGGGUUAAGAGUGACCAACAUCUAAUUUCUCGUUACUUUUUUUACCCAUUGAAUCACACAAACAGAACAAAGGAAAUGAUAACAAACUUAACAGGUCUUGGUUGUUAUAUAAAUUCUCCUUGUCAGCACCCUAGGAAAUGUAUCGAGAACAGAAGGGAGAAUAUGCCUACUGAUGUUAGGGUGUAGAAUGGUAAAAAAAAAAAACUGCCUCGAUUUUUAGGACCAUCUGUUGGAGUCCUUUGCGUUGAUGACGGCAACCGUGAGGAACUUGGUCUUUCCCGUCUCCGUCCAUUGGAAGAAAAAUUCCUUAAACUGCCUUGUCAAGCUCUGUGUUGUGCACUGUCGGGUGUGAGGCCGGUUAGUCUACAGCAACAAAAGACAGGUAUUUUCACUUAGCGAUUAACUUCAAUUAUUCGUGGCGUAAAAAUCAAUUUUCUUUCUUUUUUUUUUUUUUUCCAGUCAGGCUGGAAUGAGUAGAUACAUCAGAUGCAAACCCACUGACCCGUUUGUCAGUAUCAGAUCGAGCGCAGUGUUUUAUUGACUCGUGUUUUCAAGUUUUUUUUCCAUGUUUUUUUUUAAAUUUUUUUUUUAAUUCACUUAUAGGAGCUGAGACCUCUUUAUGGAGUGCGGACUCCAUUGCGUGGUUAACACACAAAGUGUCCGGCACGAAGCUUUUAGCAUAUCCUUCAAGAGUCGAAUCCAGCAAGUUUGUCAUUAUCGAUCUCUACGUGUUCCCUCCCAAGAACCCUAAGCUAAAAACCCCAGUAUCAUCUGUCACAGGUAAAGGUCUCCCGGGGCUACAGUACAGUAUUGCAGAGAUGAUGGUAAUCUCCGGUAUGGCGCAGCGAAUCAUGCUCCAAGUUAGAGAUGGUAGCUCGUGCAGUGGCGGGUCGAGUCCCUUGUCUGGGGGAAGCAACGGGUGUUUAACUCGGAGCUGCAGUAGUGUUAGUAUCGGGAGCAGCGUGCAGGAAGGAGAUGGGCUCGUUGAGAAGUGUGUAGACAAUGUAAAUUGUAAAGAAGAAAAUACGUUUACGGACAAUUCGUGCUCAUCGAAAGAAACUGUUAUUCACACGCCGGCUCUAACGAACGAAGAGCGUGCAAAGGUGAAUGAAGAGUCUUCCACGGAUGAAACAGAGAAUACAGAUGUCACUUUUGGACAGAAGGUGACGGAUAAACAAAUCGACGGCGCACUUGGAUUAAGCUUGAAAGAAAGAAAUUUCGAACAUUCCCUGGACCAAAAAGACAUAAAACCUAUCGGUAAGUAAAAAAAGUUACCCAACGUAGAUGAACUGAUAAAACAUUAGAGCAUCAUCAUUUAAUAGCUGGUUGAAAUAACGUUCUAUUUAUGCGUUCUGAUAAGCUAAGAACGCGAGUUAUGAGCUUAGGGAAGCAAUACUAUGUAAAAGUUGUCUUUUCAUGUUACUCAAAAUCCUUUUAUUUCCUCUCCGCUUUCUUUUUUUUCAUCAUAGACGUAUCGAUGUUCUCUGAGUCCCUUCCCAUGUCAGGCCCUGAAGAGUCCUUCAUCACUGAGCUCCGACCCGUAGAGGGCCCUGUGUGUCUACAAAUGCUGAUGUCUCAUGUUGUGAGUCCCAGCGAGUUUUAUGUUCAUCUUGUAACUCCAGAUGCUGGAAUUCUGGAUGUAAUGAUGGACGAAUUAAACAAGUUCUAUGGCAGUACGUAAAUUUAUUCUUUUUUGUGCCCUGUAAUCUUGACUUUUUGUUUUUAUCUUUCAUCUUCUGAAACCUCUCUAACGAUUUUCCCUUUUAAUUAUCCACAGCUGACCCUUUUCCCCAAAGUUGUGCGCCGAGUAAUAGUUACCAGCCCCAAAUAGGAGACUACUGCUGUGUUCGGUUCACACCGGACGGGAGGUGGUACCGCGGACUGGUGACCAGUGUUCGCUGGACUGUGGAUGGUCAAGGUCCAAUCAGCAGUGCUCACGAUGUCCAAGUAUUUCAUGUAGAUUUUGGUAGUUCUGAGUUUGUUUCCGUUGCUGAUAUCAAGCCUCUUGUAGCCAAAUUCCUAACGCUACCUGGGCAGGUGGUGAAAUGCAAGCUGGCGAACCUUAGACCUUUGAUAAUUGAAGGUUAGUCAAUGUUUGAUUUUUUUUAUAACAGGGCUUCAAGCUCAACUAUUCUCAAAUAUGAAGGGGGUAAGUUUCUAAAGAAACUGGUUUUGCAUCGGUAGGGGUAUAACAAGGUUAUUUGGUUUUAUCAACUGAGUUAACAAUGUAGAUUGGCCACCGUAAGAAAUUACUAAAACGGACAUUUCGAGCGUUAGACCUUCGUCAGAGCGAAUUAAAGAAUUUUUUUUCUAUUCGUUCAUUUUAUUUCUUGUUUUCAAAGGCUACGAGACCUUUCGAUCCAAUAUUUCAAUAUGGCUGGUAAAAUUUUAGCCACAAUUCAGAACAUUUUAAACGUACGUUAACUUGUAACGUUUACUCACAGAGACCCCGAUAGCACUAGAAGAAAAACCUGCUAUUAAAGAGAUAACAGAAGAGGCCAGCCUCCCGGCAGAUGUAACUCCCCCAAAGGAAGAGAAACCAGUAGCGGUGGGUGAACGGCCUUCGAAAUCUGAUCCUUCUCCCACAGGAAAAUCUGGCAGCAAAAGAAACAGAAGGAAACGAAAACGACCCCCCAAAAUAUCGUUAAAGGAUGAAAAAAUUGUUAUACGCGCGGCUGGUGAUGAAUCUUAUGACAGCAGUGAGAUGAGUGAGAUUGAAUUCAUUAAAAAAAGAGACCAGGAGAAAGGGAAAGAGACAGUGAAAGAUGAGGAUAAAGAUAAGGCUGCGUUUCCGGUGAGUGCAGAAAAAACUAGACCUUGGGGUAUGGAAUCUCUCCCCUCCCCUCCCCUCCCCUCCCCUCCCCCACCCUUUUCCCUGGUCUGACUCGCUAGAUUCGCCAUUGAUUGAUUGUUGUUUGAUUGAUUGAUAACUUAAUUUAUACAGGGUUAAAAAUUCCUUCAGCAUAGUAUGCCAGUAAAACUCCUGAUUCAGCCUAGCUGUCCUAACUAAUAAAAUAAGAAAAAACCUAUCAUGUCGUGAGGUUCCGUGUCUCAUUCGAAGCUAUGAUAACGUAGUCUGCGAUUAAAUUCAUUUGAGGAAGCUGCAGAAUGUAGAUCUUGGGAUAGGCUGUUCCACACCUCAGCACCUUUGUAAGAAAAACUUUUCAUUAAAUGAUUGGUUCGGGGCGAAAAAGCGCCAUUUCCAAAGUAGAUUUUCGGGAGAAAUUCCAUGUAGAUUCUUGUACGUCAUAAUUGAUGUCGCUUCUAGUCCUUGAAGAUUGAAUUUACGCUAACUCAGUGCCCGGGACGACUCAUUAAAAUCAUGUUCAUUGCUUUCCAGCCUUAGAAUCGGAGCUGCACGGUUUUGGAGCUUCUGUUCCUUUUCAGCAGGGCCAAUGCUGAAUUGCUAUAGCGUGCAACCGUGAAAGCCUGGGUUCAAAUCCUCUCAAGAGACCUCUUUUUUUCUUCCAAUGUCCGUGACGAAUCUGUAACAACUUUAUCCAUUUAUCCUUUUUUUACAGGAAAAAUACUUGCUUCCCAGUCCAAGUACUAGUCCAGAAAAACCGUUCCCUCUUCUUAAUGAAUCUCCUCCCGUUCAAACAGCGGAAAAAUGGCCCGAAGGCUCGUCAGAAUUGUUAACCGGGCUGACGGAUGAUAACAGGAAAUUAGUGGGUUACAUGGUGCCGUGGGAUGCAUGGGUCUAUCAACAGCUGUUCAACCCUGCUAUUGGUGGAACAAAGGUUAUAUCAAGACUUUUUCAAUUUCUUUUUACGAAACUUCCGUCAAAUCUGCACUCCAAGCUGGGACCGUUUUGGUCGCCAUCGCGAGUAGGACAAUUUUGGCGACAAAAUUUGCCAAUUUUUUGGCAAUCUUUGUUAUUCUAGGUUAAAUAGCAACCGCUUUGAGGCCAAAAUUUCUAACCUGAUUGGUUUUUAGUGAUGCUUCUCCACUCGAGCUCAAUGUCUGGAGUUUACUGGUGACAAGUGGAUAUUGGUUUGCAUUUGGUCAGUCGAUCUCAUCGCUUGACGUAGACUAGCAGUAUGUGGUUUGAGCGAUUUCAUCUAGGGACAAGUGAUUUUGCAUCAUUACCAGAAUGAUCGCAUCGAUGGAUAAGCACAAACUUUUUUUGACGAUAGUUUUAAUUUUUUUCACAGGUCGAUAUAUCUUACAAGAAGCCCACGCUAAGCCUUGACCUGUACGACACUACCGGCGACGAGGAUAUCUUUAUCAACCAAGUACUUGUGGAGACGGGAAUAGCAGAUUUUGUAGAAAAUCCUGCAGAACAAACAGGUAAAUCUUUUAUGAAGGAAAUUUUUGACGUUCCGCAUGUGGCUUAUUGUAUAUUUUGAGCAUUUGCUGUCCGGUCGUGUAAUUCGCUGUGACGAAAGGCUAACGUUCGAAAUGUCAGCUUCUAAACUCUUUACGGUGGUCAAUUUACGUUAUGAGCCCAGUUGAUAAUACCUAAUUACUCAGUCGUGUAAUAACUUGGUUGGUCAUUCGAAUGUCCGACGGUCAGUCGAACGUUCGGUUCGCUCGUUGGACGGUCGAUUGAUCGUUCAGUUGGCCUGUCGAACGGUCGGUUGAUAGUUCGGUUAGUUCGUCGGACGUUCGGUUGAUCGUUCGGUUGGCCUGUCGGACGGUUGUCUAUUCGGUUGAUGUUUGUUACAACCUGUCGGGCUGUCGGUGGAUCGUCGGCUCGGUCUUUUGGACGGUCGGUCGAUUGUUCGUUUAACAUGGUGGACGAUCGUUUGGCAAGUCGGAUGGUCGGUCGAACGUUCGGUUGGUCGGUCGCUAUGUUAGACAAGCACUCGAUAACGAUGGAUGUCGACAUGCUGAAAAUAUUAACCGAUUUUAUUACUUUCCAUUAGGAACUGAUGUUAUGACGGUUCAACUUACUCUCCAAGAUUUAGAGAGCACUGCGUCAAGUAUGCAAGCACAAGGUAUCUCACUCGCACUCGAUUGGACGGUCAAAGUUUCGAGCCGGUCGAUUGACCCUCUCACUCCCGAAAUCCCGUUUGUGAUUCUCCUUACUAUCUGUCAUAUAGUUCUUUUGAUGUUUGUUCGGAGAAUUUAGUAUCGGAUCAACUAGUAAUCCCUAAUUGAUAUUUUUCUUUAUUCUCGUCACGUGUCUGCUUGAUUUUGUGUCGACAUUGUAAGCAGAAUUUCUGUCUUGGUCACUCAUGGGAUUUAAAGGGUUAAGCUAACCUAGAGUCGCCUGUGCGACUGAAUAUUGACCGUUGGCGACCAGGAUUUUAAUGAUGGUUGCCAACAGGUGAUUGAUUCACUGGCUUGUCGGUGUUCUUCGCAUGAACCAGCGCUCAUGUAAAGAAACUUCCCUCGUUUUCUUUGUUUCGUUCAUACAUAUUUAACGUGGUGAUCGUUCACGAGUGGGAAAAUGUGUUCAGUUUCAUCAGUGACACGUCUUGAAAACUGUUUGUUUUCGUAUCUCACUGUUUACGACAAAUUGUCUCAUCCGGCGAUUGAAACGAAAUUUCCAGUCGCUAUUGCACGCAGCGUAGGAUGGUAAAUUUGGAAAGAAUAAACCAAAAACGAGCACGGAUGGUUGGCUCUUUAAUUCUCAGGAGUGACCAAAGCAGAAUUUCUCCUCGCAAUAUCAAUAUAAUAUCAAGCAGACAAGCAAUGAGAAUAAAGAAAACUAUCAAUUAAGAGAUUAUUAGUUGAUCCGAUACCAAAUUCUUAAAACUAACAACAGAAGAAUUGUAUGGCAGAUAUUAAGGAGAAUUACUAAUGAGAUCUUGGGAGUAUAAGGGUUAAAUAUGAGGAAUAUUAUAACGAUUGUGAAUGAAUAUUUUGAAAUAUGUUUUUGAGGCACUCUUAGCUUUUAUGAGUGACUGAGACAGAAUUUCUCUACACAAUAUCAUUACUAUAUAUCAAGCAGACACUUGAUGAGAAUAAAGUAAAAUAUAAAUUAGUGGAUAUACCCCACAUUACUGAACUGCAAUUAUCACAAGUAAAAACAUUCAUCGCUCGAAUACUUAUCUGGACAGGUUCGCCUUCGGACGAGAAGGAAGCAAAGGCUAUUACAAGUCCAGCAAGCCCGACUAGUCCGCUUAAAGACUGGGAUCCAAUGAAGGAAGAUUUUCUUUCAUCUAAAAACAGCUACGCUAUAAACAGUGAUGACUUGGACAUCGUCUUUCAAGGACACCGUAAGUAUCCGAGUUUCGCCUUUGCAGCCUUUAAUCUGGGCGGUUUUACUAGAAGUAUUGCAAAAGCUUGUCUGUAAGUCUGUUCUUUCGAUUGAUCGUGAUAGGAAAAAUUAACUCGAGUAUGUGUUGCUCAGUAAUAUUUUUUUCACCAGGGUUUAUUUAUAUACUCCAAAAGUUGAAACUGAAUGUGCCUUGUGACUGUGUCGUCUGAAGAAUCGUUGUCGGUAGUAGUGACUGACGUUUCGACAACCUGAACAGCAGAGUUAAAUUAAUAGUUGUGGUCAGUCGAAUGUUUUGAGUCCAGUUCGUGUAAACUGAUUGGUCAGUUUAGCCGUGAUGUUAGUGGCUGUAAGACUCGAGUGCAAUAAGUCGGUCGUGAUUGACCAGUGUCGAUCCGUCGGUAGAAUUACGUCGUUCUUGUUGGUUCGUUUGUGAUGUAAAUGUCGUGAAUAAGUCGUUUGUAUGGUGCAGGAAUUGAUGACAGCUGUUGAGGGGAGUCUGUUCUUAGUUUUCCAGAGUCAGUCUUUGAAAGGUAGGUUAGGCAUUGGGCAGAGUCUGAGGUCAAGGCCACCUGAAAGUAGUUUUCAUUGGAAUGGUAAUUUACUAAGGUUUUAUUCACAGAAUCAAAAGCGAGAACCACCUUGUGUGGCACAGUAAACAGCACUACAUGGAAGUACUGGCACUUAAGAUGAGAACCCUCGCGGACCUCGCGGGCGCUCCUCAGACCUUUUUUUUUCUUAAACCUUGGUCUUUAUUUCAGAGGACCUGAGCAGAAGAGUAUGCCGUUAUUAUCAGACAAGAUCAGGGUGCUGGCGUGGAGACCAGUGUCCUAAUCUUCAUGUUAAAAAAGGUAUGACUUGACGUGCGUAACAUUAAGAUGAAACAAAGCUGGCGAAUAGAUCGUAGGUUUUUCUUUCGUACCAGGAACCCAUUGCAUUUCGUGCCUAGUUAUUGUUUCUUAGUUCUGUAAGACCCCUGAGGUGGAUGGGUGGGUGUGCACGAUUUCCCCCCCCACUCUCUCCCUCCCUCCGCAAUGCACUGUGGGGGAAUGCUCGGCUUAAAAGAAGUACUUUUUGUCAAAUUACGUAGAGUAUGUAUAAUCGAGUUGGUCUGUCAUAAUGUGAACUGUAAAGAAGGGCAAAGAAAGAUAUCAGAAGGUGUUUGAAAAGGUCCCGAGAUUUGUCUGUUGUUGGAGUACUUUUAGAACGGGUUAUUGGCCGAAGUGAAAUGUAGUUACGAAAACUUUCCCUCAAAUUUUUCCCAUUUCGAUUUCUGGAUUGUUAGAGGGAACUUUAGAGUUAUUUUUGUUUUCUCUUUGAUCGGUGUUUCAUUGAUGCUCAUUACACAGGUUCGAAAUUUUCCCCUCGCAUAUCACGUGUUAAAAACUGUAAAAAUCCUCGAUUGCCUUGUAAUUACUUUAACCCAAACGCAGGUGAAGAACUUCAUGACUACGUGGAGGCCUUUUGUGACAAUAUGGAUUCCUCUGUCACGCUACCUGAUAUCGGUACCUGGGUUGCAGUUCGCGUCACGGCCAUCUUCAAUCCGGGACAUUUCUGGGUGCAGUUCCCCUACGGAACAGAACCAAUAGAAAAACGUAUCAUGGCUGGUAUGUUUUUGGUAUUACUGAGCAUGCUCUGAGUUAUUCUGUCUUGGUCCAUUCUUGUACCAUAUGUUUUAGAUGCUUAUGCGGUCCUAUGGCGCGCUGGGAUCACAAGGUCUUACUGUUACCCAUUACUCUAUGAUAUCAAUUAAGUAAACGAGGUGAUUUUCUAGAGAAACUGUGAUGAUGCGUUGGUGCGGGUAUUACGAGAUAAUUUAGCGUUAUCGACUGAAUUGAUAAUGUAAACUGGCCGCCGCAAAGAGUUUCUUAACCUGAAUUUUCGAGCGUUAGCACUUCGUCAGUUUGCAUCAGUAUGCAUAUUAUCCAUAGUGUUCUCUGUACAUUUGUUAUAAUGCUAUCGAAGAGAAUUCGUUUAAUCAUUGAGAGCUUUCUUUAGUCGCCGAUCAUUCUUAUGACCUCAAUGUUUGAUUAAGGGGUGAUAAUGUGAGGAGAGAUUAGAUCCAGGGAGUGGUGUAGGUCAAGAACUGAACACAACUCGGACAUAGUUGUAGUACCAUUCUAUACAUACCCAGCAGAAUUUAAACGUAGUCCUUAUUUUUAUUUAUUAAUUCAUUUAUUUAAUUUUUAUUUUCAGCGAGGUUGAAUCGAGAGUUUGAAUUUGAUAACGAGGAGCGAGAAGAAGAUCUUGAUUCUUUGAUGGCCAAAAUCGGGUGAUUUUUCAAUUAUUUUAGUUUAAUUAACCUUUUGUGUUUAUUUUUAUAGUUACAGUAACUAUUAAUCAUCUUUCAGUGACGAUCAAAGCCUAGGAAAUCACGCGAAAUACCUAACGAUUGUUGAGUACGAAAACUCGGUAAAGAGUCAGGCGAGUGAGAUACAGGAAAAGCUCUGUUAUAUUCACUUGUGACAUUCUUAACAACAAUAAUACCACUGGAUGCCAUAAUACCACCUGAUGCUGGAUUUUCGGUUCCAGGACUUACAUUCGGUGGUCGCGUAUUUAAAAUAGAGGCCAUGUAAACAAAACUUAUAUAACGCGGAUUUUAUUGCUAUUUAACGUAAGAAACUGACCGUACUUUAAACAUACCCAACAUGGAAAACAUACUUUAUUCGUAAAAAGAAAAAGAAAAAAACUAAAACGGAGUGGGUAUGAAUGGUCCUAGCUGGGUAUGAAUCGACUGAGUACGAAACGGCCGUGGGUACGAAACGUCUGGUGUGCGAACAUUCCCUUUUCUAACGUUUUCACGUUUUUCUCCUCGCAGGAAAUUUUAUUCUCGAAACAACUGUCAAGAUCCCAGGCGUAUUUUUCCCGCUGAAGGUGAGCUGUGUGUGGCCAGGUACUCCAAAGACGAUAAAUGGUACAGAGCGCGUAUCACAGGCGUGCGAGAGGACGAACUGCAGGUAAAAUAAGAAGAAAUUUCUCUAGUCCCCCCUUAAUACUCAGUUGACGACGACUGAACCCCCCUCCCAUAUACGUUCCCCCAGAAAACAGUGUGAUCCUCCUAAGUCCUCCGAUGUUGUUCAUAGCGGCACAAUAGGACUUGUAUAGGGCCAGCACGUGCCCUAUGUUCUAACAAAUUUUUCAACCUUAUUAAAAUCAAGCCAAGGUUCAAAAAGUGCCUGUAGCCUGUAAAAAGUGCCUGCUAGUUUGCCAUUUUUGGUUUUUAAAUUUUCAUAAUCGCUCUUGGAAACGUCUCACUCGAAGGACUUGAUUCUGUACCCUGAAAGAGAAAGAGCCAAAACAAUCAGCUUAAGGGGAUACAAACAAAGACAUAGACAUAAAAAUAUAAGUUAAUCUUUGCUAGAAAAAUAUUAAGAAUUCAGAGUGAGAGAUCCUAAAAUCAGAGAAUCUUGAAAUAAGUUUAGUCCAUCUUGUGCAAACGCAGUAUUCGAACUGUAACCCUCUCUAUCUCUUGGCGCCAAAAUUAGAAGACAUGACUUUAGUUGUGAAACCGCUGAGACUCAACAAGGCUCAGGAGAAAAGGCGAACCACGCAUGCGUCAAAUUAUCUGUAUAUAUCGUACCGACCAAGAACUCGUGUCAUCUCACCGUGGUUCAGCGUUCAUUACAAUCAAUUUCUUGAACUUUAGACACUCUUUUAUAAUAAGGCAGUACCUUGGUUCGUUUGCACCUUGGGCAAUGCCAAGGAGAUCUUGGACGUCGCAACAAUCCUUCUCUGCAAUGUAAGAUAAGAACAAUGAUCAAUGGAGCGGUCAAGUUCGUGUAUGUUAAGUUAAAAUAAAAUACGUUGUUAAGCAAAUUUAUUUCGCUUACUUAUCCUUUCUUGAGUCUUAUUCCAUGCGAAUGGAGCUAAGAAACAGCCUCUUCAGUGAUGGAUGAAUUCGCUGCUAUAAUUCAUUAUUGUGUCUGACGCACGCGGUCUAGGUUCUAAUGUGAUACCCAGAAGGAGCUGCUUAGACUCACUGGCAAAAGGAGGACGCAUUUUGGAGAGAAAUCUCUUAUACAACAACAUUUUACUCAUUAAAAAAUACACAGCAUAAAUUAGAGUAAGCCAAUCGAGAGUUCAUUGUGCCGGUUUCGACCGAGUGAAAGAUCCACUUUUAUCGGUAUAUGGCCCUUAUAACAUUCCCGAAUCCCUACGUCCUUGUGUCGUUCAAGCCGUGAUGGGACUUCCAUGUGACCAAAAUUGUUGACACUUUUGGGUUGAUUAUCAGUCAUUUCAAGAAUUACACCUUGUUAGGGCCAAAUUGAUAAAUCCUACUUAGCUAUCGAAAGGGCCAAAUUGAGAAAAAGUUCCAAAGUAGAAUUCAUUUGGGCCAAUUCUGAUUUUGGAUGGGCCGAAAUGGUACCUGUCUGACCUGUUUUGGCGUAAAUAGUCCAAAACGAACCCCGAGGGGCCAAAUUAGUCCUCAAAAGGUUAGGACCAAUAUGGCUUUUGGGGUCAAUUUGGCUCUCUUCAUUUGAUAUUUUCAGAGUUUAGUGAAUAUCUUGGAAUGUGAAUUUUUCCUCCUUAAUAUCAACUUAAAGAGUUUUUUCAAAACAUUUAAAAGUGGCAGACUUGACCACCUUAAUUAGUAGAUUGUUCAAAUAUUUGUUUAAUGUUAUUACCCUUUAUGACAGCGAGUACGUUGGUUUGUCUUUCCUCUUACUUCUUCUAUCAGUUUUAAUGACACAUCUGUCAUAAAGAUGUGGUGUUUACCAAUUACUUUGAUCCUAUUUUCAUUUACUCACAAAUCAACUUUAGCCAUUGAACCUUCCCUUUCUGUGAACUGGGAUUUCCGGCGACUCGAGGAGGCUGAUAUUGUGGGGUUGAUAACAGCGGUCCGCUACAAGGAUGGUAAAUCCUUAGACUUCAUCUUAGUCCAUAAAAAUGAAGAAAAAGAAGUCGGUCAUUAUUAAGCCAUCUCGACCGAAAAAACUCAAUCAAUAAAGCAUUUGUAUUCAGUCUAUUCAUCUCCACCUCCCUGAAUGAAUGUUAAAUAUUUAUAUAAAGGAAUUCGGUUGUGACUGGUGUUUCCAAUAUUGGUGAUUAUUUUUACGGCUUUGGCUGGUUAUCAGCGCUAAUUGGUAGCUAAUGAACAGUUGACAUUUUCAGAGUUUAGUGAAUAUCUUGGAUCCCCUGUCACUCAGCUUGUUUGGCGUAGUUUUCAACAAGUGUUGUCUUCAUUUUCUAUGAAAGUGUUAGAUAUUUCUUCACAGCGGCGUAGAUGGGUAAAUAUUGAGUAAAUAAACCCUUGUCAGGGGCUGGUAAGUCAGCCGAUAAUGUCCGCGGCUGAGCUAUUGUCCAAAACUGAAUAUUUGUUCGAGAAGUAAAGCUUUGAGGGCAAAUGUGAAUUUUUCCUCCUUAAUAUCAACUUAAAGAGUUUUUUCAAAACAUUUAAAAGUGGCAGACUUGACCACCUUAAUUAACCGAUUGUUCAAAUAUUUGUUUAAUGUUACUACCCUUUAUGACAGCGAUUACGUUGGUUUGUCUCGCCUCUUACUUCUUCUAUCAGUUUUACCGACACAUCUGUCAGAAAGAUGUGGUGUUUACCAAUUACUUUGAUCUUAUUUUCAUUUACUCAUAAAUCAACGUCAGCCAUUGAACCUUCCCUUUCUGUGAACUGGGAUUUCCGGCGACUCGAGGAGGCUGAUAUUGUGGGGUUGAUAACAGCGGUCCGCUACAAGGAUGGUAAAUCCUUAGACUUCAUCUUAGUCCAUAAAAAUGAAGAAAAAGAAGUCGGUCAUUAUCAAGCCAUCUCGACCGAAAAACUCAAUCAAUAAAGCAUUUGUAUUCAGUCUAUUCAUCUCCACCUCCCUGAAUGAAUGUUAAAUAUUUAUCUAAAGGAAUUCGGUUGUGACUGGUGUUUCCAAUAUUGGUGAUUAUUUUUACGGCUUUGGCUGGUUAUCAGCGCUAAUUGGUAGCUAAUGAACAGUUGACAUUUUCAGAGUUUAGUGAAUAUCUUGGAUCCCCUGUCACUCAGCUUGUUUGGCGUAGUUUUCAACAAGUGUUGUCUUCAUUUUCUAUGAAAGUGUUAGAUAUUACUUCACAGCGGCGUAGAUGGGUAAAUAUUGAGUAAAUAAACCCUUGUCAGGGGCUGGUAAGUCAGCUGAUAAUGUCCGCGGCUGAGCUAUUGUCCAAAACUGAAUAUUUGUUCGAGAAGUAAAGCUUUGAGGGCAAAUGUGAAUUUUUCCUCCUUAAUAUCAACUUAAAGAGUUUUUUCAAAACAUUUAAAAGUGGUAGACUUGACCACCUUAAUAAACCGAUUGUUCAAAUAUUUGUUUAAUGUUACUACCCUUUAUGACAGCGAUUACGUUGGUUUGUCUCGCCUCUUACUUCUUCUAUCAGUUUUACCGACACAUCUGUCAUAAAGAUGUGGUGUUUACCAAUUACUUUGAUCUUAUUUUCAUUUACUCACAAAUCAACGUCAGCCAUUGAACCUUCCCUUUCUGUGAACUGGGAUUUCCGGCGACUCGAGGAGGCUGAUAUUGAGGGGUUGAUAACAGCGGUCCGCUACAAGGAAGGUAAAGAGAGUCGACUUCAUCUCGGUCCACAGAAAUGAAGAAAAAGAAGUCGGUCAUUAUCAAGUUAUCUCGACCGAAAAAACUUAAUCAAUAAAGCAUUUGUAUUCAGUCUAUUCACCUCCACCUCCCUGAAUGAAUGUUAAAUAUUUAAAUACAGGAAUUCGGUUGUGACUGGUGUUUCCAGUAUUGAUGAUUUUUUUUUACGGCUUUGGCUGAUUAUCAGCUCUCAUUGGUAGCUCAGGAACAGUUGAUAUUUCCAGAAUUAGUGAAUAUCUUGGAUCCUUAGUUAAUUAGCUUGUUUGACGUAGUUUUCAACAGGUGUACGGUGGCGUACCUGGCCUCUCACAUCUUUCAGCGGUUUUACUGGCACAUUUGUCAGAAAGAUGUCUUAUCUUCCUGUCACUUUGAUCCUCUUCUUAUUUACUUACAAAUCAUCUUCAGCUAUUGAAUCCUCCCUUUCUACAAACUGGGAUUUCCAGCAACUCAAGGAGGCUGAUAUUGAGGGGUUGAUAACAGAUGUCCGCUACAAGAACAUUAUUGACAAAUAUCAAAUUCAAACUGGACACAGAGGUUACCCCGACGUAAAGGACAUCAAACUUUUGAGAGUGGUAAAAGACAAGGUAAAGCAAAACUUGUCGCAACAGAAUUUCCAUACCAAUGUUUCUCAAGGAACAGAGUUUCCAGUGCGCUUUCUCGAUGACGCAGAAGACGAGAGAACGCAUAAACUACACAUUAUAACCAAAGGCCCCGAAAGUGGUGCAGUUUGCUUUGACGGAACUCCUCCUGGAUUUUAUUUUCGCAGUGGAAAUGGCUCGGGAAAAUCGAAGUGGAUUAUAUAUUUUCAGGGGGGCGGAUGGUGCUACCGUAUCGAGAGAUGUUAUAGAAGAAGUGUGACAGCGCUUGGCUCGUCCAAAUUUUUCCGGAAAACUAUUCUCCUGGAGGGACUCCUUUCCAACCAAGCUAAAUACAACCCCGAUUUUUACAACUGGAACUCAGUCUUUGUGGCAUACUGCGAUGGUGGGUCUUUCACUGGAAAUCGCGAUAAACCAUUAAAAUUUAAAGACAGACUGCUCUACUUCCGAGGUCACCGAAUACUUGAUGUUCUUUUAGACGAGUUGCUCCGGAAAGGUCUCGACAGUGCUUCCGACAUAAUAGUCGGUGGAAGAUCGGCUGGGGCCCUUACUGCCAUCAUACACGCCGACUAUAUCGGGUCGCGUUUACGACGCGCGACGAACGCAUCUUUUCGGGUGCUUUCUGAUGCGGGUUUUGUCUUAGACGAACGCGCGCUGAAUGGCUCUGCAAUGGCACAGUCUAUGUUUCAGCAGCUCUACUCUUUGCAUAAUGCUUCAAAGAGUUUAAAUCGAGCUUGUCUUCGCGCGCAAGGGUCGGAUCAAAAAUGGCGCUGUUUUUUUCCUCAGUAUUCUAUCCCUUUUGUCACUUCCACGAUGUUCUUAGUGAGCCCCUUGUACGAUAUGUGGCAAUUGUUUUAUUUUUCUCGAAUGCCUUGCGUCUUUAAUGUAAAGAGUUGCAAUUCGACCGAAAUACGUUUCGUAAUGGAGUUUCGAAAUAUGACACUUCGAGCAUUAAAAAACGUUCUGGCCUCCAAAACGACCUCGCUCUUCGCAAAUGCUUGUCUUUCUCACACGCAGUGCGUUAUGAACGAUUAUUGGACGCAAAUUGCGAUAAAAAAUAUCACACUCAAGCAGGCAUUUUUCAACUGGUAUCGUGGAAGAAAUCAAAACAAAUUCCUGAUCGACCCCUCCCCCUAUUUGGGUAACCCCACUUGUCCUAAGAAUUAUCAUUGGUAA